AUGGCAAAAUCGUUGGUAUAUUUGAGGCGACAUAAACUAAAACUAUUGAUGUUAUUGCUAUUAUGCUCGAUUGUUUGCCAUCUUCUAAUUUUGGGAUUCAGCAGUGCCAACAACUCAAAUUCUGUACUUUUACAAACGUUCAGUCUCACCACACUGGACAAACGCGAUGGAACUUCAGAUAGUGUGGCUUCUGAUUAUGUGAAUGAUUUUCGCAGUAGUGUGGCUUCUGAUUAUGUGAAUGGUCUUCGUAGUUGGGUGGCUUCUUUAAAUGCCUUGUUAUACACUGGAGAAUGGCAAAAUUCAUUUUCUUUCAUCUACUCGAACGGUGGAUCAAGCCCACCAGGCGUGACGGAUGAAAAUAAUCGCUACGUGAUGGUUCUACCUUUUUCAAAAACAGAGGAGAAGGCUUUUAACGAUUCGGCCGAAGACGAUAAACUCUCCCUUUUGAAGCUGUAUGAAUUUCUCGAUGUGAUGGUCGAUUUUGACGGCGCAACAUGUUUACAGCCGUCAACUGAACACAAACGAGCGGAUCACGAGUUGCACCAGGAAAAACUUUAUAAUCAAAGGAAGGAUUCGCUGGAAUCGUCCUGGUGUCGAUUUAUUACAAAGAAAUGGAGCCUUCAUAUAAAGAAUACAGGCCCGGUGCUAAAUACACGUCUCGAAAGAAAAACGUCAACAAAUGGAUCCUCUUCAAACAAAUUUUCGUUUCCGGACUUAGCGAACGGCAUACUGAUUGUGUACCAAGUUUGUAACGUUGCACAAGGUCCUUUCGUGAUGAGAGGUGACGUGUUUCAUCGCUAUGGAGGAUUGCUUAACGGAUUUGGUAGAAUGACUUUGUUAGAAUUUUUUGUUCGAUCUAAAGGCGAGCUAAAGAUAGCGAAACUUUCAAAUUGCAGUUGGACACACGAGAUAGCGCGCGUGGAUCGUGGAACAUUAGAGGGUUCAAACGAUGUCCCGGAGUACGCCGCUUUUGGAAAUAAAUUCAAUAUUCUUCGCAUCGUCACAAGCAAUCGAAUUGAAUGGACAACGUGUGUGUCAAACUGGAAAUUAUGCCCGGAGAAACCCUAUGUAAAGCCAACAGAGCUGUCCAGCGUAGCAGCACCGAUUUGUUGCGGGACCGUCUUAUUUCAAAUGCUGAAAGAUAUAACAUGGGCACUGACCCAACUUGGUGUAGAUUAUCGGGUUAUUUAUGGUACUCUGUUAGGUGCAGUUAGAAGUCAGACUGUUAUACCUUGGACGUGUGAUGUUGAUAUCGCGCUUACGAAGGUUGACUACGGUAAUUCUUCGACCUAUUCAUCUAUUGCAGAACUUUUAAGGACAAAGGGCAGCCAUUAUUAUUUAGGGAUAUCUUAUAUGGGUAUACCAAGAGCCCAUAUGCUGAUGGCACCUUAUAUAGAGGUUGACACAGCUUCCCUUUUUGAUGGCCCUGAUGAUUUAGAAGGUAGUAAUUUAUUAUUUAGCAGCGAUAUUGAGCAAGCCGUACAGGGUAUGCUGCCUGUCUCAUCAGGCUGGAGAGAACGUCGUUACGUCGACUUUUAUAUUUCCCCUUCAGUUUGGUUGAACGGAUCUGCUCUUGCUGUGAUUAACAAUGAACAAUUUGUUACUCUGAAGGACAUUGACUAUGAGUUAACUAAUUGGUAUGGCAAAGGUUAUCUUCAACCAGCUCAUGGAGGAGAAUGGUUUGGUUGCUCAGACUAA